UGCAUUUCGGCUCACUAUCAACUUAUCCAUUUCGUACCAAAUUAAACGAAGCUCCUUCGUCUUGCCGAGCUCAAGAAUGAUACUUCUUGCUCUAUGUUCUUCUUGAAAGACUCAGAAAUUCCUGCUUCUGUAACUUCAAUUUCCUCACAAUUAGAGCUUUGAUCGAGCGCAGAAAUCAAUAAAGACUGCUUGCUUAUCCAUUUGAUUGAAGAAGGGUUUUAUGGAAAUUAGCGGCAGUCGAAAUGGUACUAGUAUGCUAUGGUUCUUCAGGGACAAAGGAUUUGAUGAUGGAAGCAUUGAUAAGAUGUUUAAAAAGUGUAGGCGUUUGGAAGGUAUGCAGAAUGAAAGAGCUGCUGAAAAUUGGGAAUAUUUGGAAGGAAUUGGGAUUCAAAAGAGGAAACUCCCUUCUGUUGUUUCCAAAUGUCCUAAGAUUCUAGUUCUUGGUCUUCAAGAGAAAAUUGCUCCCAUGGUUGAGUGCCUUGCAACACUCAGCACUAAGCCUCGUGAAAUUGCUACAGCUAUUGCCAAAUUUCCUGGCAUUCUUUCCUAUAGUGUUGAAGAGAAGCUAUGCCCACUUUUGGCUUUCUUUCAAGCUCUGGGUGUCCCUGAAAAGCAGCUUGGAAAGAUGAUUCUACUCAACCCGAGGCUUAUUAGCUACAGCAUUGAAUCGAAGCUCAUUGAAACUGUGGAUUUUCUUGCUGGGGUUGGGCUAACGAAGGAUGGGAUGAUUGGAAAAGUUCUAGCAAAAAAUCCAUUUCUCAUUGGAUAUAGUGUUCAUAAAAGGCUCCGUCCUACUUUCGAGUUUCUGAAAUCGAUCGGUCUCAGUGAGAUGGAUCUUCAAGCAGUUGCAUUGAAAUUUCCAGACAUUUUGUGUAGGGAUGUGGACAAAGUUUUGAGACCCAAUUUGGAUUACCUGAGGAGAAGUGGGUUUAAAGAUGGAGAAAUAGUGUCUUUGGUGACUGGUUAUCCUCCUAUUUUGAUCAAGAGCAUUCAACAUUCUUUAGAACCUCGGAUCAGAUUUUUAGUUGAAAUAAUGGGAAGAACACUUGACGAAGUUGCCGAAUAUCCCGAGUUUUUUAAGCAUGGUUUGAAGAAAAGACUCGAGUUGCGGCAUAGAUUGUUGAAAGAGAAGACAACGGACUUUACCUUGAGUGAAUUGUUGGAAUGCAAUCAAAAGAAGUUUAUGAUGAAAAUGAGUUUGUUAUGAGGCUAUGCUUGGAGAUUUAGGAACCAUAUCCUGAAAGAAUGUUGUUUCUCAGCAUCUUUACAAGUUUUGUUGCCUAAUAAUUCAUUUUCCAGGCUUCUAGUUAAAGUUUAGAGCCUUCGUCCUGCCGAGCAAUUGUUUUUAGCCCUGGAUUACCCUUCCUUCAUUCACGGUUCAUGCUUUAGGCUCGUUAUGGUGUCCCUUGUGUUUGAACAAUUCAAAUGGAGUGGAGUAUAUACAGAGUACUCUCAUGUAACUCUUUUCCUUAUGUUGUAUGGGUUGAGAUUUGGACCCCUGAUCCUCCCUUGUAGUUUUCAUCUUUACUGUUGAGAAUUUUGUGCCAGAAUUUGUACUGUUCUUCGACCAAUUAUUAUUAACAGUUCCAAUGGAAAUUUUGGGUUUUUGCA